AUGGGUUCCGAAGACGAGAAGCCUUCUACCUACCGGUAUAACGAGAAGCCGACUUACACCACCUCCAAUGGCGCCCCCGUCGAGAACCCCCAGGCGUGGCAGCGCAUCGGUCCCCAGGGCCCUCUGCUGCUCCAGGACUUCCACCUGAUUGACCUGCUGGCCCACUUUGACCGCGAGCGCAUUCCCGAGCGUGUCGUCCACGCCAAGGGCGCCGGUGCUUACGGCGAGUUCGAGGUCACACAUGACAUUAGCGACAUCUCCUCUAUCGACAUGCUCAACCAGAUCGGCAAGAAGACCAAGGCUCUCGUCCGUUUCUCGACUGUUGGUGGUGAGAAGGGCUCUGCCGACUCAGCUCGUGAUCCCAGAGGUUUCUCUGUCAAGUUCUACACCGAGGAGGGCAACUGGGACUGGGUCUACAACAACACUCCCAUUUUCUUCAUCCGCGACCCUGUCAAGUUCCCUCCCUUCAUUCACACACAGAAGCGUCACCCGCAAACUAACCUGAAGGAUGCUACGAUGAUGUUUGACUACUGGACCAAGAACCAAGAGUGCAUUCACCAGCUGAUGCACCUGUUCUCCGACCGCGGCACCCCUUACUCUUACAGACACAUGAACGGCUACUCGGGCCACACCCACAAGUGGACCAAGCCCGACGGUUCCUUCGUCUACGUCCAGAUCCAUCUCAAGACGGACCAGGGCAACAAGACCUUCACCAACGAGGAGGCCGGCAAGAUGGCGUCUGAGAACCCCGACUGGCACACCCAGGACCUCUUUGAGGCCAUUCAGCGCGGCGAGCACCCCAGCUGGACCGUCUACGUCCAGACCCUCACCCCCGAGCAGGCCGAGAAGUUCAAGUGGAACGUCUUCGACCUCACCAAGAUCUGGCCGCAGAGCGAGGUGCCUCUCCGACAGUUUGGCAAGCUCACUCUCAACCAGAACCCCGAGAACUACUUUGCCGAGAUCGAGCAGGCCGCCUUCUCCCCCUCCCACCUGGUCCCCGGAGUCGAGCCGACCGCCGACCCCGUCCUGCAGUCCCGCCUCUUCUCGUACCCCGAUACCCACCGCCACCGUCUCGGCGUCAACUACCAGCAGAUCCCCGUAAACAAGCCCCUCAACGCCUUCAACCCCCUGCAGAGAGAUGGCGCCAUGGCCGUCAACGGCAACUACGGCGCGAACCCCAACUACUCCUCAACCUUCCAACCCCUCACGUACAAGCCCGUCAAGGCAGUCAACACCCCGCACGAGCGGUGGGCCGGCGCCGUCGUCACGGACCUGUUCGGCCCCGUCAAGCCCGAGGACUACGAGCAGGCUCUCGGCCUCUGGAAGGUCCUCGGCCGCCAGGAGGGCCAGCAAAAGAACUUUGUCAGCAACGUGUCUGGCGCCCUCUCCGGCGCCCACCCCGAGGUCCGCUCGCGCGCCUACGAGAUGUUCUCGCGGGUUACCCCCGAGCUCGGCGCCGCUAUCAUGAAGGAGACGGAGAAGAUUGCCGAGCCUACCAAGGAUGUCCGCUCCAAGUUGUAA